AUUUUUGCUAGAUAUCAGAAAAGUGACAUGCGCAGUGUACUUUGCGCAGACGAGUCACAACGACAACAACAACAAACGCUGAAUAUCAGUAGAAAUGGCUAUACAAAUAGCCAUCCUGGAUUGUGACCUGCUGCUCCAUGGUCGUGGACAUAAAACUCUCGACAGGUUUGAUAUAGAGACUGUUUCAGAUGAGUUCCUAUUAACAACAUUUGGAUUCCCUCGAGAUUUCAUCUACUACCUGGUGGAGCUACUGCGUGACACUUUAUCACGACGUACGCAACGGUCUCGAGCAAUCAGCCCAGAAGUUCAGAUUCUUGCUGCUUUAGGAUUCUAUACCUCAGGAUCCUUCCAGACGAGGAUGGGAGAUGCCAUUGGCAUUAGCCAGGCUUCCAUGAGUCGCUGUGUGACAAAUGUAACCAAGGCACUGGUUGAGAAAGCUCCAGAGUGCAUAGGAUUCAUGAGAGACGAAGCCACAAAACAGCAGUCCAAAGAGGAGUUUUUCAGGGUAGCGGGAAUACCUAACGUCAUGGGUGUUGUAGACUGUGCCCAUAUAGCCAUUAAGGCACCCAAUGCAGAGGAUUCUUCAUAUGUCAAUAAGAAAGGCUUCCAUUCAAUAAACUGCCAACUUGUGUGUGAUGCCAGGGGACUUUUGCUCAGUGCAGAGACUAACUGGCCUGGCAGCUUACAGGAUAACUGCAUAUUUAAACAGUCUUCUGUGUACAAGGAAUUGGAAGAACAGGAAAAUAAUGAAGGCUGGUUAUUAGGAGACUGCUGCUAUCCUUUAAAGAAAUGGCUGAUGACACCUGUCCAGUACCCAGAAACAUCAGCAGACUUUCGAUACAACCUGGCUCACACUGCCACUCAUGAGAUUGUGGACCGCACGUUCAGGGCCAUUCAAACCCGUUUCCGUUGCCUGGAUGGGUCCAAAGGCUACCUUCAGUACUCACCUGAGAAGUGCUCUCACAUCAUUCUGGCCUGCUGCGUCUUGCACAAUGUGUCAUUGCAAUCAGGCUUGGAUGCCUGGACGUUUGAGAGGACUGAUAUACCAGACCAGUCAGAGGAGGGCAGUCAAAAGCCAGAGGCUGUGGACUCAGAGGCAGUCCGAAUCCGCCAGGAGCUCAUUCUUAGUCACUUCAGCUAGGUCUGCAUGCUCAGAAUCAAUGGGGAAAACACUGUAUGGUUCACAGAGACACUGCCUGCAAUGGAGAAGUGGUUGACACCAGAUUCUGGAUAAGCAGAAAGAAAGAUGAUUUUGUGAAUAAUAUAGGUUGUAGGAGGUAUAUAUGUACAGUGCUUUCAGAAAUUAUUCAUACCCCUGACUUAUUCCACAUUUUGUUGUUGGAUUAAAUAUA